AUGGGAGUUGCUGAUGCUGGCGGUAAUCAUACACUUCCCGAAUCUUCCAUCGUUCUUAAUGGCAAUGCUAAGGACGAUGGCAGCAUUGUUAGCUACCAGUGGACACAAGUCUCAGGUCCUGCAAAUGCUUUGUUGGUGAAUGCCGACAAAGCUAAAGCAACAGCAUCGGGGCUGAUAGAGGGUCAUUACGUGUUUAUGCCGUUGUGGAAGACGAUGGAGAUAAAAAUGAACCCCCAGUUGCGCGAGCCUUCAAUGCCACUGAUCCUCAUUGUGGGAGUGGCGUUUGCUGCUGAUUGGAAAGUGGCUAAUGUCGAGAGGGCUAUCGAUCUGUCAUCUCAGACGAUUUUACCAGCGUCGGUCAAGGAUAUAUACUAUAGAGAUGAGAUUGGAAACAUAUCAACAUCAGCUGUGCGACUUCGCGCUGAUUCUGUUGAUGUCGAACUGAAACCGAGUUACAUAUUCCCGCUUUUUGGAGGAUGGCGCACUUCCUACGUUAUCGGUUAUAAUGUGCCUUCUUUCGAAUAUCUUUACAAUAAGGGCAAUAAUUAUGCGCUAAAAAUGAGAGUUCUCGACCAUAUUUUUGACAGUGCUGUGGUUGAAAAGCUUACGACGAAGAUCAUCCUGCCAGAAAUGAUAAGAAAAGCGAGGCUUAUCACACCAUACAGCAUGGAUAGAAGACCCGAUGAAGUCCGCGCUACAUACUUGGACACAACUGGCAGAACAGUUAUAGUGUUGCAGAAAGAAAACCUUGUUCUAGAGCAUAUCCAGUCUUUCACUGGAGCAGAUGAGGAGCGCAAUUUACGACGAGCAUCUCUAGCACUGGCUCAUCAAAAUAACAAAUUCAAUCUUGGCGCUGUUCCCGAUGACAUCAGUGGAGAAAAUUCGUUCUUCAUAUAUGCAAGCAAAUAA